AUGAACUGUCUCUAUAUGUUUAGAGGAGUUGGUAAUAAUACCCUACCUCAAUUCAGUGACUCUACGGUAUGGAUGUAUGGUAAAGAGUAUAAACCACCAGAUCAACAACAGGAUAGUACACAGUCAAAUACAAAGGAUGGGUUCAGUGACAGUAUUGAAGGAAUCGAGUUGACCUGUCCCAGUAACAAUAACAAUAACAACAAUAACAACAACAAUAAUAACAACGACAACAACAAUAAUAAUAAUAACAAUAAUAACAGAAUAGGACAACCUAGCUUUAUUUCAGAUUUCUUAAGUGACUUCUCCAAUCGACUCUGGUUCUCUUAUCGACAAGGUUUCGAAUGUAUUGGCGACUCUAUUUAUGAGAACGAUUGUGGUUGGGGAUGCAUGCUUCGUUCUGGCCAGAUGCUUCUUUCCAACCUACUACUUCAAAACAAGCUUGGUAAUGACUGGAAGAAGACAAACGAUGAAUAUCCAACUCAAGUCAUCGAGGUUAUUAAGCUAUUUCUGGACAAAGCGACUGCGCCUUUCUCCAUUCACAACAUUGCUCUCUGUGGUCGAGCACAAGGAAAGAACAUUGGUGAAUGGUUCGGCCCAUCAACAAUCACACACGCUAUAAAGACACUUGUAUAUAGGAAUAACAAAUAUUGUAAUCUUUCAGUGAUUGUAUCAGAGGAUGGAUCACUAUAUGUAGACAAAAUGAUGGAGCUGGCACUGCAUAAUGAAACUUGGACACCUCUACUAAUUCUAAUCCCAACAAAGUUGGGUGUGGACACAUUGAAUCAACUAUACUAUCGACCACUGUUGGAGAUCUAUCGUUUUCCACAAUCACUUGGUAUCGUUGGAGGCAAACCAAGAGCAUCACUCUACUUUAUUGCCGCACAAGAUGACAACCUCUUCUACCUAGACCCACACACUGUACAGCAGUCGAUUGAGAACGACCAACAGUUCUCUCCGCAUUCAUUCUUUUGUAACAUACCCAAGAAGGCCAACAUAUCAGAGGUGGACCCAUCUUUAGUGUUAGCAUUUAUAUGUCGCACCAAGGAAGACUUUUUGGACUUCCUAGAGAGAUCAAAGAAUCUGGUGUCUUUGAGCGAAUUUCCCCUAUUCAACAUUGCCGAGAAAACGCCAGAUUACCAUCAACAAUCUUCGAUAUCAGGAAACAUCAUGGACGUAGAGACUGACGAUUCAUCUGACAUUGACUUUGAGACAGAAUACCAGCUACUA